ACUACCCAAGAGUCUCCUAAUCACACACGUCUUCUUCUACCUCAUUUCCUCUUGAAUCGUAAUAAAUACUCCUACUAUUGCUAAAAUCCAAGAGUCUAUGUAGAGACUGAGACAUUCCCAUUAGUUUCCCACACCACAUAUCUCUGUCUCACACCAAAAAAAAUCCAAAACCAAAGCAAAUGAAGAAGUCCAUUAUCUAUACCACUCUCUUUACCUUAAUUGCUCUUCUCUUUGGUUGCUCUACUGCUCUCAAGGAGGGACAGACAUGCGUAUCAGACAGUAACUGUGGCUCUGGGUUGCACUGCGAGACUUGUGUAACAAACGGCAAUGUUCGACCAAGAUGUACUCGGAUCCAACCUAUUAGUCCCACUUCUAAGGUGAAAGGGUUACCAUUUAAUCAGUAUUCAUGGCUGACAACACACAACUCGUUUGCUAGGCUGGGACAGAAGUCAGCUACAGGCUCUGUAAUCCUUGCUCCUACAAACCAGCAAGACUCUAUUACAAGUCAGCUCAAUGAUGGUAUUAGAGGGUUGAUGCUUGAUAUGUAUGACUUCAACAAUGACAUUUGGCUAUGUCACUCCUUUGGUGGCCAGUGCUACAACUACACAGCUUUUCAACCUGCCAUCAAUGUUCUCAAAGAGAUCCAAAGUUUUCUUGAUGCAAACCCAUCAGAGAUUGUCACCAUUUUCAUUGAAGACUAUGUUACAUCACCAAAGGGCCUGACUAAGGUGUUUGAUGCUGCUGGCCUGAGGAAAUACUGGUUUCCUGUAUCUCAAAUGCCACAAAAUGGUAGAGAUUGGCCAACAGUAGAUGAUAUGGUCCAGAAAAAUCAGCGUUUGUUGGUUUUCACUUCAAAAGCAUCUAAGGAGGCUUCUGAAGGGAUUGCCUACGAGUGGAGAUAUGUGGUAGAAAACCAAUAUGGGAAAGGUGGAAUGAUAGCUGGUUCAUGUCCUAAUCGGGCAGAAUCACCUCCCAUGAACUCAACAUCAAGGUCUUUGAUCCUAGUGAACUUUUUCCGAGAUUUGCCAGAUGUAACUCAAGCUUGUAAGGAUAAUUCAGCUCCAUUGCUUAGCAUGGUGAACACCUGCUAUGCAGCGGCCGGUAAACGAUGGCCCAACUUCAUUACUGUUGAUUUUUACAAGAGGAGUGAUGGUGGUGGUGCACCAGAAGCAACGGAUGUGGCAAAUGGCCACUUAGUUUGUGGGUGUGGAAAUAUUGCCAAUUGCAAGGCAAAUGUGACAUUUGGAGUAUGUGACAUUCCUGAGGCAAAAGUUGCCCCAGCGGCUAGACCUGCAGCAGUAGCACAUGACUCUGGCUUUGGUUAUGUAAAUACCAAGCCACUUCAAUUGCGGUGGCUGUUAGGGACUGCUUUUUCAGCCCUGUUCUUGUCAUUGUGAAUAUAGAUGUUUGUCAAAUUGGACGCUUUCACACAGACCAGUUCAACUGUGGUGGUCUCGGAGAGUUUCGGUGGCCUUUUCUUCAUGUCAUUUUGAAAUGUGAUUGUUCAUUUUGAAGCAUUAUUUUCUGUUUGCUUUUAAGAUCGUCUUUCAAAUUAGAAAGUAACUUAUAUUUAGGAUUAGUUUCGAUUGGUAUUACAUGCUUGUCAUAAUAAAUUAAAGAAUCAUCAUGUCUAAUUAAGUUGGGCAGCCUGUUUUGUGAUGGAUUAAUCUAAGUUGGUGGACAGAAGCCAUCUUACUAUCUUACUAAAAAAGAAGAAUGGUAUUUGAGAACUCAAUCUAGGGCUAAGGUAUUUGAGAACUCAAUCUAGAGUUACGAAGUAUGGCUUGUAAUUAGAUAUAUGAUCAUCCUAUUCCCAGGCAAGGAACUCCCAUCGCUUUUGA